GUAGCUUGAGUCGAACGGUUUCAAGCAAUAACCUCAUAAUUCUCUCUCAAGCGCAUAAAUUAAUAAAUAAAUAAAACAAAUUUCUAAGAAAAUGUCAUCUUUUAGACUGCAAAGAGUGCAAAAAGAAUUGCGUCAACUAACUGAAGAACCCCCAUCAGGAAUUUCCGUCGAUGUAGCAAGUUUGGAAGAUAAUUUAUCAGAAUUGAAAAUGAAUUUGCAUGGAUUCGAAAAUACACUUUACGAAGGUGAAACGUUUCAACUGCUUUUUCAAUUCGAUGAAAAUUACCCUUUCCAUUCGCCCGUUGUAAAAUUCACUGGUAAAAUCCCCAUACAUCCCCAUGUAUAUUCAAAUGGCCACAUCUGUCUGUCAAUACUCACCACCGGAUGGCUACCUUCAUUGACCAUUGAAAGCGUCUGCUUAAGCAUCGUCUCCAUGCUUAGCAGUUGUCGGGUAAAACAACGGCCGCCAAAUGAUGCGAGCUAUGUGAGUAGGGCCGGGGAAAACCCAAAAUUAACUCAGUGGAGAUUUGAUGAUGAUACUGUUUAGAGAAUUAAUAGGCUUCCAUACUCCCUCCCGUUUUGAGGCUAACAACCAUAGACUGAAGAAAAAAAUACGGUACUUUGCCAAAUCCUGCUGGUAUUAUUUUAAUCUCAUUUUUUAUUUUAAACACCAUUUGGUAUUAAUUCAAUACCAGAUUGAGUAUACUAUUUUCAUUUAAAAGCGCCAAGUUUAUAUGUUUAUGUAGUUUUGUUUAACUUUGUACUUAAAAUAUUUAAGCCACUGUAAAAUGUUAAUAUUACUAUUGUGCGUUAAAAUGUGAUUUUAGUGGUGAAAAUUAUUUUAAACUUCAAGAAAGAUAUCUAUAUCGUAGAAUUUACUAAAGUAUCUUGUAAGGUAUGUGUGUUGGCGUGCUCAUACAAAUGCCACUUCUGAGAAACGCAAAUAAAAAUUGUAAUAGCGUUUGUUUUAA